CUCUCCCGGGGGUUUUACACGAACUCGAGAAAUGCCAUUGAAACACCAAACUCAUCAUCAUCAGCUAUGCUUCAAAUCAACAAAUCCAAAAGAAACCUUUUCAAUGGCAUUCUCAAAACCCAUUUCAGAAACCUUUCUUACAAACUCAAUGACCAAUCACAAUCAUCAAAAUCCAUCAUCAGAACAGUUUGUGCAUCAGUCUGCCAAUCAUACUUCCAACAACAAACCCAUUUCAAAACCCGCCUUCAUCUCGACUUCCACCUCGAUUUCUUGACCCAAGAACAAGCCAUCACAGUUGUCGCUUCCCUUUCCGAUGAAGCCGGUUCAAUGGUUGCCUUAAGUUUCUUCUAUUCUGCAAUUGGGUAUCAUAAAUUUCGUUACUUUAUGCGUUUUUAUGUUGUUUCCGUUAUGGGUUUGAUAGAUAAUGCGAAUUCCGAAAAAGCCCAUGAAGUUUUGAAAUGUAUGGUUAGGAAUUUUGCAGAAGUUGGGAGGUUGAAGGAAGCUGUUGGGAUGGUUAUUGAGAUGGGUAAUCAAGGUUUGGAAUUGGGUUGUGAUAUGCUUAAUUGUGUUGUGGGUGUGGCGGUGGAAUUAGGGGAUGUCGGUUAUGCGCGUAAGGUGUUUGAUGAAAUGUGUCAACGAGGUGCGUUUCCGGAUUUUAUGACUUUUAAAAUUUUUAUUACUUGUUAUUGUAAAUGUGGCGAGGUUUAUGAAGUUGAUAAGUGGUUGUAUAUGAUGUUGGAUAAGGGGUUUGUGUUGGAUAAUGUGACGUGUACGUUGGUGCUAAAGGCUUUUUGUGAUAAGGGGAAUGUGAAUCGGGCGUUGUGGUUUUUUAAUAAGAUGGUUGGGAUGGGGUUGAAACCAAAUGUUAUUAACUUUACUACAUUGAUAAAUGGGCUGUGUAAGAAAGGACGGGUUAAGCAAGGUUUUGAAUUGUUGGAGGAGAUGGUUAGGAAAGGAUGGAAGCCGAACGUCUAUACACAUACAGCAUUGAUUGAUGGUAUGUGUAAGAAAGGGUGGACGGAUAAAGCGUUUAGGCUUUUUUUGAAGCUUGUUAGAAGUGAAUUUUAUAAACCUAAUGUGCAUACUUACACUGCUAUGAUUAGCGGGUAUUGCAGAGAGGGAAAAGUUAACCGUGCAGAGAUGCUCUUGGCGAGAAUGUACGAACAAGGGUUGGUUCCUAAUGAGGAUACUUAUACCACUCUUGUUAGUGGGUACUGUAAAAGUGGAAAUUUGAGUCGUGCAUAUGAACUAAUGGAUAUGAUGAGGAAAGAAGGUUUAUCCCCAAAUAUGUUCACCUACAAUGCAGUUAUUGAUGGGUUAUUUAAAAAAGGGAAGGUUCGAGAAGCAUAUAAACAGUUGGACAUAGCUUUAAAACAGGGGUUGCAAGCUGAUGAGGUUACAUAUACUAUUCUUAUAAUGGAGAAAUGCAAGCAAGCGGAUAUUAAGCAUGCCCUAUUGAUGUUAAGCAAGAUGAUUAAGGUUGGGAUCAAACCUGAUAUACAUUUAUACACCACAUUGAUUUCGGUAUUUUCUCGAAUAAAAAGAAUGGGUGAUUGUGAGAGGCUUUUUGAUGAUGGAGUGAAACAUGGUUUGGUCCCAACAAAAGAAACUUACACUUCUAUGAUAUGUGGAUAUUGUAGAGAUGGAAAAGUCAGUGCUGCUACAAAGAUGUUCAAAAGAAUGAGCGAACAUGGUUGCGUGCCUGAUAGUAUUACUUAUGGUGCUCUCAUCAGUGGACUUUGCAAAGGGUCAAAGUUAGAUGAGGCUCGGUUGCACUAUGAUGCCAUGAUUGAUAAGGGACUCUCCCCAUGUGAAGUUACCCGUCUCACAAUAGCUUAUGAGUACUGCAAAGCGGACGAUUCCUUUACAGCCAUGAAGGUCAUAGAUAGAUUGGAGAAAAAGCUAUGGGUUCGCACUGUAAAAACUCUGGUAAGAAAGCUUUGCAGUGAGAAGAAAGUGGAUAUGGCAGUCUUUUUUCUUCAUAAGCUUAUUGAAAAAGAUAAGAAUUUGGAUCAUAUAACGCUUACAGCUUUUACUAGUGCAUCUUAUGAGGGCAACCAUUAUGCCAUUGUUUCCGAUAUACAAGAAAGAAUAUCAAAAGGAAUCAGUUAGUAGGCCAAACACUAAAAGAAGGUAUAUUUGAAGGGGCGUCUGAGAUGGAUUCAGAGAUUUUGUUAUUGUUGUCAGCUGUGAUCAUUUUGAAGCAUUUUAUCUAGACCAUCAAGUGUUAACGGGAAGUUUUGAUGGACUUAAUGAUCAAUAUUGGAAACUGCUGCAUGAGAGAUGUCGUGAAUUGCAAUGUAAUCAUAACUGCCAUUGAUUCUCAGCACCAGAGGAUGCAUUGUAGACGAGACAAGUCACAGACUCACAGUUGAGUCAGAGAUGAUGGAAACCCUAAAAAUAUGGAUCUAAACCAUGGUUGGGAAGGUGGUUGUGCCAUGGCACAAAGGUCAGUGGUGAUGGAGUUUUGGACGAGCAUACAUUAGGAGGAGGAUGUCACAUCAGUGAUAUGAAGACAAGGUAAGAAUCGUAAAUGAUAAAAUUGACACUACCGGGUUGACUUUUCUAAAUGAAUGUAAACAAUAGUACAAGCAUGUAUUCCUUUCUUCUUCAAAACGGCUAGUUCAUUGCUUUUAUUAGCGAA